AUGAAGUUAGCUGCGCUACAUUUCGACAUUAGAGAUUCAAAAUAUGGCGCAUCAUUUGCAGCCAACCAAUCACAAGACAUUAUUACCAAAAACUAUAAUGUUAAUUAUGAAAAUUGUAAUGUCUACUUAUUAUGCGUCGUUUUUUUAGGCACUGGAGAUAAGGGGCCAGCAAAUUUGUCCCACCUACAAUGGCACAAACUGGUUAUAUCUUACUCCUCUUCCAGUGAAGACAAUGAAAGACGUAUGAACCUAAAACGGAAGAGGACCUCUUGUGAUGAUGAGGUAGAGAAUGUGCCACCACAUAAAAUACCAUCUACAUUAGAAGAAGAACUCUAUGACCAACCAGCACACAAUGUUGUAGUAGAAUCCUCGUCUUGCUCUAGUGAUGAUGAAGGCUCUCAGUAUGAAAACAUUGAACAACCUCAGAGUGUAUACACAGACUUGGAAUAUAAUGCUGACAGUUUCUUAAGUCCACAAAGCAUAACUGAAUUAUCUAGUUGUGUAUUGAGUCCCUUAGAAAAUGUGGCCAGAGGAGAGUCUACCCCACACUCCAACAAGAGGCCUAGUACAAAUAAACCAGAAUGCCCUCUACCACCAAAACGUAAAUGUCCUCUCCCAGGACUAUCAUGGGCUGAUCCUUCAGAUGUUUGGAAAAGCCUGUGUGAUUGUGAUGCCAAGUCGAAGGCUAAGAAGAACCCUAAUAUGUUUGAUAAACACCCCAAUCUUCAACCCCGAAUGAGAGCAAUCCUUUUAGAUUGGCUAAAUGAGGUAUGCGAGGUGUACAAACUGCAUAGAGAAACAUUUCACUUAACAGUCGAUUAUAUAGACCGGUACUUGACGGACACAGAAGAUUUGCAGAAAAGUCGGCUGCAGCUUAUUGGUAUUACUUGCCUAUUUAUAGCUGCUAAAGUAGAAGAGGUGUACCCUCCGAAAAUAGGGGAGUUCGCAUACGUGACGGACGGUGCGUGCACCAGUGAAGAAAUACUAGAACAGGAGUUGCUCAUCUUGAAGAUUUUAUCGUGGAGCCUAACUCCGAUCACGAUCAACAGCUGGCUGAAUAUUUAUAUGCAACUCGCUAGUGAAGGGCGCAGCGCGAAACGUAGGCUGGUCGGCGAGAGCGAUGUCGGUGCUAAUGCACUGAGGGGGUACACUUUCGUGUUCCCCCAGUACUCUUCGUUGGAAUUUGUGGUGUGCGGCCAGCUGAUCGACUUGGCUGUUCUCCACGUGGACGUCAACACAUUCUCGUACAGCGUAGUCGCCGCCGCAGCGAUAGCUCAUUCUUUCUCUAAGGAAUUAGCUAUCAGAGUGUCAGGUUACAGCUGGGACAGUAUCGCGGAGUGCCACUCGUGGCUGGCCCCGUUCGUGCGCGUGGUGGUGGCGGAGGGGGGCGUGAGCGUGGUCCGCGGCGGCGACGGCGAGUUCGUGCAGCACGCCGCCGGCCUCCACCUCAUAUGCCCCGACCUCAACCUGGACGAGAGCCACCGCAUACAGUCGCACAACGUCUCGCUGGACAUGUUUGAUAAAGUAUACCAGCUCAUGUUGGAAGAACAGUCCACAUCGCAGAGUGAGAGUGCAGGCACGUCUCAAGAGCCGCAUCACGUGUACCCGCCGACGCCGCCUCAGUCCGGACAAAAGAGCCCUAAAACCCCUGCUACCAAAACACCAUCCACCAGGCACGCCGACAUAGAAUACACCACCGAAAUAGAAUGAUCAGAUGUGUCGAAGUACACCUCUGUUCUGUAAGUGAUAUACCUCAUUUUUGUCGAUGGUCUCGAUUCUGGCGUUACAUCUGACCGCUACACCCCGAGGCCGGGUAUCCAAACUAUUUUCAUACACAGAUACAACAGAAAUUAAUGGCUCAGCCCAUAGUGAUGUUCGGUUCAGGGUAUAAUACUAAAAUAAGUAGUGACGUUAAAAUCGACUUAAUUGGUCGUUGUUUUGCAUAAUUUUAUUGAUUAUGCAGUUUGAUUGGAUUCAGAUAAUAAAAAGUAAGGCUCGAUUACUUAAGUAGAUCAUAUUCAGGUUUAAAUGAAUUUAUGUUUAGGGAACUGAAAACUAGGCCUGAGAACAGUAAGUAUACUUAGCACGAAAAUCUUCGAUUACUAAAAGAAUUCGUAUCAAGCACAAAUGACAGAUUUUUUGUUUUGGAAAUCUUAGUUUCAUAUAAGGAGAUAAGUGGUGCUAUGCAAAUGUUAAUACAAAGAUUUUAUAUGUACUCUAUAUGAAUUCAAUUCACUACCCAUAAUUUUCGUGCUAAGGAUGCAAAAUGGAACGCGAUUGUCUUGGGUCAACACUUGAAUGUCAUAUGAAUUUGAUGUCGAACGGGAUGUUGGCAAAAUUUCUGUGUAUAACGGAACAAGUCCAUAUUAAAGAAAAAAAUAAAUCUAAUUUCAUAAAAAAAAUAGCAACUUUUGGCUUCUCCAUAAAUCGGAGCUGAUUCGACAUAUUUACACGUUUUAUCUCGUAUUUCGAGAUUCUCGUAUUAUUCCAGCUGUCCUAAUUGUUACUAAUUGAGUGUAUAACAUAUUCAUUAAAACUGAUUUUAAAUUAACUAGCAGCUUUUGACACACUAAAUUUGGGCUAACAGCUGUUUAUGUUGCAUGCAAACUAAUUAUACUAAUUUAAUGGCACAAGCUGGAGAAACUUGAUGAAAUUACAUUUUUAUUCUUGAUUUAUGGUAAUUUUAUUAUUUCGAUUUAAAACAUUCUCUUGAUUCGGAUUAGGUUUAGAUCGUCAUUAAAAUAAUUUAUAUAUUUUUAACAUAAAUAUAGUCGCGGUAAAAUAAUAUUGAGACACUGAUAUAUGAAUUAAAAAAAAAAAUCUAACCUAAAAAGGUUUAGUUGUAAAAAUUCAUAAAAUUCUGACUGGUAUCGAUUUUCCUUGCCGUAAGGAAUUUUAACCUGAUUAUAUUUAAGAGAAUAUUACAUGGUUGACUCGAUGAUGUACUAUGAAGUUUCUUUGUCAUAAACAUAAUAGAAAUUGAAUAAAUUUUAACCUCAAGUUCAUUGUAUUGUAUAAAAACCCCAUAAAUUUCAAAUUCCACAAAAUACCACAGCAUGAACUUUAUAAUUUGAGCCUUACUUUUUAGUUAUGCAGUUUCUAAGACUGAAGAUUGAAGGUUGUUAUUGAUUACAGUUUGAGUUAUAUAAAACCUCAAAUAUGCACAUUUAUUGUUCCUAGUAUUGCUAUAGGAAUAUUUUUGUUAGUAAGUUGUGACUGGAGUUGACCAAGCAGACAAAAAUAUAAUAAUUGAGUAAACAUUCCAAGCUCAAAGUUGUACAUUUUUGUAAAAAAUACUAUUAGUAAUUAAAACCUAUUGAGAUUUACAGUAAGCUCCAACUAAUGUGGCACAUUGUGAUACUUUGGUCGCGCAAAGUAACACCAACGAUGACCAUACGUAUGGUUAAGUGUAUAU